GAUACUUCUAGCUCAAAACUUGACCUAGUUAUAUCUAUGCCUAUAAGUAUAUGAUAAACAAACCCUAACGAAAACUUAAGAAAAAUAAAAGAAGCGAGGACAACAUGAAGCUGAUAGGCUGGAUGCGUACUAUAAACCGAAGUACCUUUGAUCCAUCGAAGGAGUUCAAAGGUAGUUUCUGUUGUCUAAGAACUCAGGUGUCCUCUGAAGUCCAAGACAUCCGAACAAACUCAUUCUCCUUCUCCAGACAAUCUCAUCAUGACCCAACUCCACAGAAAACUGGUGAGGAACUUUGGUUUGACGAAGGCGGGUUCAGCGGCUUUCUUGCCAUCGGGACGCUUGGUAGAGAUCCUGAAACACCAAAAUUCACAGCUUCCGUUGUAGAAGACGAUGUAACCGGAGCAAAGGAAGAGAUGGCAAAGCUCGUUACUGAGAAACUAGACAAGUUUCUUGAGGAAUAUCCUGAGGAUAGUAGCAGUAAACAAGUAGAGAGAUCGAAGGCAGAAUCUGAUGCAUGUCCCGCGCAAGGUCAUAGUAUCGUUCCAUUAUCUACUGAGCCUACGAAGAGAAUCAAUGAAGUAAAGAAGAUAAAGGGCUUACUUAAAAGCGUCUUCAAGAGAAGAAAGGAAGUAGAAAGAGAGUGUAACUCAACGGAGAAACAUGGCACAAGAGAUUUGAUUAAAAGGAUAUUUAAAAAGUUCCACGGCUCUCCUUCAAAGACGAGAAAUGAUGAUGACGAAGAUGAUGAUGAUUAUUCCAUGCACAUGAAGAAAGAUAUAAGAAAGAGUGUUCAAAUCUUCCAAAGUAAAGUCCAUCCUGUCAUGUGUACACCUGAAAGAAACGAUAGCAAGAUAGAUGACAGAAGAAGCUGCAUCAACGGCUGCAAUCUCAAGGUACCAAGCCUUAAUGGAAGGUUUCUCGUUCCAGGUUCCAUCUCUAAAGUGAACAAGAAAAAGGAAAACUGGAUCAAGACUGAUGCAGAGUAUCAUGUUCUGGAACUGUGAAGAUGCAAUACAUUGCAACAAACCUCCACUGAUGUUCCAAGCGAAAUUCUCUCCUAUCAAACAUAUAUACAUACUACCAAAAUCGUUGUCUAGUAAUGUGUAAUCAAAUGUACGAGUCUUCGGAUUCAGAAUUUCGUAGUUAUUCCAAAAAUAAUAUGAAUAUAUAUAUAACUAUAGACGCAUAUCUACAGUGUAACAAAAAAAAGACGCAUGUCUACAAAAUCAUUGUCUAGUAA